AUGUCAAGCAGCGGCGGCAAUAAGAACAGAAUCAAUAGCAGCAGCAGGAAAAACAGGAACAUCAUAAGCACAUAUUAUUUGGAGCAGAAGAAGAAGGCGUUUGCGCGCUUUUACUUCGUUUCUAAUCAGGCUUUGUUGGAUAUCUUGGCAAACGGCAACGACCCUCUGAAGGUCUCGUAUUAUUUAGGAGAUUGUUUCGACGGCGUUGCGACCUUGAACUUCGAGAAAAACUUGCAAACGUACCGCAUCGCCAGUGGCAUGUCGUCUAAAGAGGGGGAGUAUGUUCCUUUUGGUGAAGAUUACAUCAUUGAAGGGCCGGUUGAGACUUAUCUAUCCAACUUUGAAGUUCACAUGCGCAAACAGAUGCGCGACAUCCUGGAGGUAGCUAAAGGCACCUCGGAGAAUUGGGAGGUUGAAAAACCAAGGGAGGAGUGGCUAAGGGAUUACUGCAGCCAAGUGUGUUUGGUGGCGAGCCAAAUAAUGUGGACAGAAGAGGUGGCCCGCUGCUUCGAGGAGCUGGAGGGCGGGUCUGAAAAUGCAAUGAAAGACUACAAGAAAGUUUAUGAUGAUAGGAUCGACAAACUUAUUCGCCAAGUUCAGCAAGACCUAAGCAAAAACCUCCGGACCAAAAUCAUCACCCUUAUCACCAUUGACGUACACCUUAGGGAUGUCGUAGAAAGCUUCAUCACCAAAAAAAUCACAGAAGCCUCCUCCUUUCAGUGGCAGUCUCAAUUGCGUUUCUACUGGAGGCAGAAAUCCGGGGACACGAAGAAAGACUGCAUCAUAAAGAUCUGCGACUGGACGACGACAUACAUGCACGAGUUCGUGGGCAACUGCGGACGUCUGGUGAUAACACCCCUGACAGAUCGCUGUUACAUUACUCUUACGCAGGCGUUGAACUUGACGAUGGGGGGGGCCCCUGCUGGGCCUGCAGGCACUGGCAAGACGGAGACAACGAAAGACUUGAGUCGAGCGAUUGGUCUUCCGGUUUUUGUCUUUAACUGUUCCGAUCAAAUGAACUACUUGUCGAUGGCGCAGAUAUUUAUGGGUCUUGCGCAAUCGGGGGCCUGGGGAUGCUUUGACGAGUUCAAUCGCAUUUCUAUUGAAGUGCUCUCCGUUGUCUCCACCCAAGUCAAAUGCAUUUUAGAUGCGAUUAAGGAUGGAAAAAAGAAAUUCCAAUUUAUGGACGAUGAAAUCAACCUCAUACACACCUGUGGCAUGUUCAUCACUAUGAACCCAGGAUACGCAGGACGCACAGAACUGCCAGAAAACCUCAAGGCCCUCUUCAG